AGUGGCUGCGAAAGCACAGAAUCAUUACCACGCCAAACCUCGAGGAGAACAGACGUGUUUCUCGUUUACCCUGAGCUCAGUCGAGAUUUCGUGUCGCUCCGUAUUCUCGUCUUUCUUCGCCGCUCCCUGUUGUACGCGCGCCGCUCAAAUAUAACACGCGUGUGAUAUAUCGCGCCAAAGAGGACAUCCGGCGGUAUUAUCGUCGCUCGUGAAACUAUCGAGUCCGAUCACUCUGAUCUCGGUCGUGUCGCAAAAAAUUUUACGGGACACCUCACGUGACUGUUCGCGCGAGAUACACUUCUGAUCCGUAGUCACGGGUGACCCGACGUCACGGUCGACCCCCCGUAUGUGUUACAUCCUUACGAGUGACGUGAACCAACUGGUGCAGCCGCCAGCUAGACAACCGCGGGGACAUUGAACGCGGCGAUAGCGCGUUCGUGCUCCGGAAUUCUCGCGCUCUUUCUCGAAGAGUCAACGGAAGUUCAACGUGUUCCGUGCACAGUGCAUUCGAGCAGCCGGUCAGCAGCCGUGAGAAGAGACAGUUUUGUAUCUGCAAUUCUCAGCAGUGCGUCGAUCCCGGGCUAGGCGGGAGCGGUAACGAUACACGUAGCUUGGACUUGGACUCGAGCUACAAGCUGCCCGCAAUUGCCCCGGUCGAAUAGACGAGUCGGAGAGCGAGGAAAGCCAUACCAUGGCAAUACCGUUUUUGCCCAACAACGAGGAAAACACGGCGGAGGAGGAGUUGAUGUACCAGCUAUAUGUAACUCUGCACAAUGCCCUCCGGAGCAGGAACGCCCAUCAUCCGUCGCGAAAUCAUCGGGCGCCGCGUCGAUCCGGUGGUUCCGGAUCCCAGCAACCUCUGGUGAUCUGGCUGCAGCCCGGCAACGUCGAAGACUUGUCGAGCUUGCCACUGCCGGACCUGGUGCAAUCGGCCGUGGAUCAGCUGCCACCGCCGUCGCCCCAGGUGACAGUUUCUGUCCCCAGCAGCCCGAUGAGAGACGCAACAUUUCAGUUUCCUGAGUGUAACAGUGUCAGCAGCAGCGGUGCACCGUUGCCGAGCCCAAGGCCACGGCCGCGAAGACGCUUCGCCUCGGAGAGCUCCGUCAUGGAGACGGGCCCGAUCGAGGUGAGCAACUGCAACGGUACUACCUGCCGCUGCCACUUCGGCUUGAUUGUCAACGAGAGGCAGUCGUGGACGAGCGUGGGUGCCAAUCUCAGGAACAUCGCCGGUGAUUUCCACGCGUGCAGGACCAAGUCCGAGAUCGAGAAAUCGCCACUACCGAUGAUCGGUCCAGGUUUGUCCAACGGUCGCAACAGCAACUCGUCGUCCACCGACAGUCUGUUAUCGCUGUUGAUUCCGACGCCGCUGCGAGAGACCCUUUGGGCAACGGUAGCUCUAUACCUUGGCUGGAGACUCGUCUCCCGCUUGCGAUAGAUGCGCCGAUCUUGCCCAACCGUUCUGGAUGACCCUGCGGGCUCGAUCGACGAUUGCGUCGGUAGCUAGAACGGCGAUAUUGGAAGCCACUAAAAUGGAACGGACGGACUGCCGGCAACUCCUUUCCUUCUGCGAUCGCGAAAGUCCUGUGUGGAAUUCUCUGGACGGAUCGUCUCGAGAGAAGGAGGAGGAAGAGGAGGCAGUCCAUGGCGCAUACUCCGGAUCUCUCUAUGUGAUCGGAUAAUGGAUUUAAUUGAGGUAGAACGCGUCGGAAAGGCGAAUUGUUCUCUUGUUUGAACAUCCACUCCGAUAACACAAUUGUAACUUUAUAUUGUAUUUCGCUUGUACUUUGUUUUUGUAUUUCGCUUGUACUUUGUUUUUGUAUUUCGCGUUUGCGUUGCGCGGCUACGCGAGAAUGCGCUUGAUCGACUUUUUAAUCGGUUCCUGAGGGACCAUGUGACUGGAUAUAAAAUAUUGAUAUCUUUGAUGAUGACGAUGAAAGUAGUGAUAAUUAUUUGCUUCUGCGGCGUGCUUCUGAUUUCCUUAUAAUUGACGAUUCUGAUUAAUUUGAUUGAUAAUCGAUUAUAUAAUAAUCGA